ACCUUUCUCUCUCUUUCAUUUUUGCAAUCUUAAGAUGAUUAAAUGUGCAACAUUAGGGUAUUCUUUUCAAAUGGGUUUAUCUAUUUUCUUUCAUAGACUUUGUUACAAACUGAUUUGACUUUUGUCUCUUGAAGGUCUCAAGGAAAAUUGAUAUGUUCCAAUUUCUUUUAUUUUUCACUGUCAAUAUCUAUCUACAUGUUCAAUUUCUUAAAUAGUUUACUUCCUUCAUGUUCCUAAGUGACAAGGUCAAUGAUCUUACUUUAUUGAAUUUUAGAUCCUCUUUCUUCAUUAAUUUACAUCACCAUCUAAAAUCUUGCUUGUAUUGACAUUAAUUGUAAUUCCAGUAGGAUCUAAGGCAUGACAUAAAAGAGAAUAGUCAUAAUUGUAGUCUUUGGAGCUAAUUUUAGCAGUCACUGUCAAUAUGCCACAUUUGUGAGAAGAUAUAUUCAUUACUAUCAUUAGAUUAAUUCUUUGUGGAACAAAUUCAAGGUGUCUAUUAUUGUUGGCAUGUAAUGAUAAUUUGUUAAUGAGUAAGAUAAAUACAAUCUGACUAGCAUAGAGCAUAGCAGCAAAUUGGGGUUUAAGAAUCCAAAUUAGGCUUCAGAAGAUGCUAAGAAAUUGGUUAAAUGGAAGUUGAUGCUUUGGAACCCUGAUUGUUGCAAUCAUGGUUUUGGUGCAUCUCUCAAAGAGUUUUUUGACUUGAUGCUGCAGUGUUAUAGUGGAAGUUGAUGCUUAUCUAAUACAUAGUUCAUUCAACUAUGUUUUUUUGGUUAUAUUCUUAUGCUUGUUGCAGUGAUUGAUAAUAAGUAGUAAUUUUCUUAAUCUGAGUUAUGUCCACAGAUAUUCUUUGACAUUAUUGAUUUCUUAUGUGGCAAUGUGCAUGUUAGAUGAGUAAUAUUUCAUGAGGCAGUUCCUGAUGUUAAAUUGUUUGUAGAAGAUGCUUGUUGCUUACUGUUGUUUGUUUUGUCCAAUAUUGUUAGGAGCUUGACGAACUUCUGGAGGAGGUUCAAGAGGCUAGAAGAAUUAAAUUGUUGCAUCAGCCCAGCAAGGUGAUUGACAUGGAACAUGAGCUCCAAGCUCUACGCAUGCAGAUUCGAGAAAAGUCUAUAAUUUUGGUUAAGCUCCAAAGAGAGCUGGCAAUGAGCAGGAGGGCUGAGGAGAACAAGUUCUGUGUAUAUGAGUUCGGUGGUUCUGAAACUUUAGGUUCAGCUUUGCGAGUUCAACCUUGCUCAGAUGAAGCUCAAGACCUGUCAAAAUGUUCAAUCCAGUGGUAUCGUAUAUCGACUGAAGGUAGCAGAAGGGAACUUAUUUCAGGUGCCAACAAAUCAAUCUAUGCUCCAGAGCCCUUUGAUGUUGGGCGAUUUUUGGAAGUUGAUGUUGUCUCAGCUGGCCAAAAGGUUGCUGUGACAACUUCUGGUCCCAUAGGUCCAGCUGCGGGAUUGGCCAGUUAUGUGGAGACGCUUUUACGGAAACCCAACACUGAAUUUAAUCUAAAACUACCCUAUCAAAUUGUGGCUAUUGUUUCCGGUGCUUUGAAUGAUACAGCUGCAAAGAAGUAUGAUUUGGAAGGAUGGUUUCCUGCAUCCAGCACUUACAGAGAACUUGUUUCCUGUUCAAACUGCACUGACUAUCAGUCCAGGAGAUUAGAGAUUCGAUAUGGGUAGAAAAAGGGUAGACUAGUAGUAAUAUUUUUAGAUACACUAGUAGUUAUAUUUUUGGAUGGGUGUGUAUAGAAAAUAUUUAGUAGACUACUAGUUAUAUUUUUCGGUUGAUGUACAUGGAUAAAAAUUUUAAACAUAAUAACAAGUAUUUGUUAUGUCUUAAAUUUUUAUGUUAGAUGAAAUAUGUAGUUUGGAAUUAUUUGUGGAUGAAAACUUAUAAUAGUUGCUGAUUUUAAUUAAA